AAAUAUACCCCUUAAAGAUACAUCUAACUGAGUCAAUGUACAGCAUGAUGUGGGCAUAUUUUUUUCCAGAAGAGGAACAAGACUCCCACAGGCGGCAGGAAGUAUGGAAAGUUUCAACUACUGCUGGUGCCAAGCGUGCAAAAAAAGGCUCUUCAGUGCAGGAAGCACCAGUGUCAAGUAGCCAUUUAACUAAAGAUUCUCAGUCUUCCUCUUAUGGUGAUUUAUCCCAGGCAACAAAGAACCAAAAAGCUAAUGCUAGUGUUGUGGCCCCUAAGCUAAGACGAACGUCCUCCUUUGACAGAAACUGGGAAGAAAAUGUAGCUGAAUCUGUUGCUAAUGAACUUGUACUGCAAAUGCACUCAUCAAGUGUUUCUUCUUCAAAAAGUGGGUCCCUUGCAAGUAUUGAGCAUCCAGAUGAAGCUAACAGAAACAAAUUCAAGGAAUCGAAAUUAAUUAAAUCUGGUCGUUCUAAUGAGGAGAAAAAGGUGGGGAAGGCACAUGACGAGAAAAAAUCUAGGCCCCGAAGAAUGAGAGAGUUCCAUAAUAUCAAGAUUAGUCAAGUUGAGUUACAAAUUACUUAUGAAGGAUCGAGAUUUGCUGUGGGUGAUAUGAGACUGCUGAUGGAUACAUUCCAUCGUGUUGAAUUUACUGGGACCUGGCAGAGAUUAUUCUCACGAGUUAGGAAGCAUAUCAUCUGGGGAGUUCUUAAAUCAGUAACGGGAAUGCAGGGCAAGAAGUUUAAAGCAAACAAUCAAAAGGAAGCCGGUCCUUCUGGUGUUCCCAAUAUUGAUCUGAAUCUCAGUGAUAGUGAUGGUGGUUCAGCUGAAAAAUCUGAGCAGAAUCCGUUAUCCUGGCCUAAGCGUCCCACUGAUGGUGCAGGUGAUGGUUUUGUCACCUCGGUGAAAGGCCUUUUUAAUUCUCAGCGUAAAAAGGCUAAGGCUUUCGUGCUUCGGACAAUGAGGGGUGAAGAAGAUGACUUGCACGCUGACUGGAGCGAAGGUGAGGCUGAUUUCUCUCCCUUUGCCAGACAACUAACCAUAACAAAGGCCAAGAAGCUGAUUAGACGACAUACAAAGAAGUUCCGUCCUAGAGGAGCAAAAGGUUUAUCUUCUCAUAAAGAUUCACUUCCCUCAUCGCCAAGUGCAAACGCCACAUUUGACAGUGAUUCUUCAAGUGAAACAUCACCUUACGAGCAAGAGUAGCAGAACUUGAUAACAGUAAAACAAAUAUGAUUUUAGGAUGUAAAGUGGGACUGCCAAUUGCAGCCUCGACGACUCCUGCUUAGAUUGUGUGAAAAUGCCUACUUGUUCUAAAAAGCAGAACAAGGUAAGAGCUGUCCACUACCUAUUAACAUAUCAUUGCCUUUUAGAGCUCUGAAGAUAUAUUGGAAAAUAGAUGUGAGGUGACAACCUUUGAGUCAUGGUUCAUUUUUAAUCUUCUUUUUAUUCUGUCACCCAUGUAGAAUGGACUUUUGGACUUGUAAUAGUUCAAAAUUUUGUAAUCAUGUCCUAUGUUUAGCAAAAAGCCAAAGAGUUUAUCACUGCAAAUACCCAUACAUUUAGCACUGUAAAAUUAUGA